AUUUCGACAGAGAAUUCUGACGGUGCGAGAGCGAGAGCGACGGAAAGAGAAGAGCUUGGCCAUGGCGAGCUCGGCGCUUGCGUCUCCUUGGUCGCUCCGUCUGCUGAAGUUCCAAGAGCAGGCGUCGCCGGCGGCAGCAAGGUCAAGCACCAGGCACGCACUUCUCAACUCAUCUCUCUUCUCUGCGAACCAGUACUCGUCCCCUAUUUGGUUACGGUUCGGCGGAGGUGGAUUACCCAGAAUUCGCUGCGAUCAUUCCUGCUUCGAAGUUAAAAGUGUUGGCUACCAUCCUCCGGGGACCCAGUUCAACCUUCUCAAAGAUGUUAGCUUUUCCCUCCCUGAGAAAAGUUUUGGCUUGAUUUUUGGUCAGAGUGGAAGUGGAAAAACUACUCUAUUGCAGCUUCUUGCAGGACUCAACAAACCAACUUCAGGUUCUAUUUGCAUUCAAAGAUAUGGCGACAGUGGUGAACAUAAAGGACCUCCUGAACAUUUGUCUCCAGAGAAAGUUGGUAUUGUCUUUCAAUUUCCUGAGAGGUAUUUCAUUGCCGACAAUGUGCUAGAUGAAAUUACAUUUGGAUGGCCAAGGCAAAAAGUUAGCAUUCAGUCGAAGGAGCAACUUGCUUUCAAACUUCAAAGAGCUUUCAAUUGGGUUGGAUUGGACAGAAUUUCCUUGGACAAGGAUCCUCACUCCCUGAGUGGUGGCUACAAACGCCGACUUGCUCUGGCAAUCCAAUUGGUUGAAGUUCCAGAUUUGUUGAUAUUGGAUGAACCUCUCGCUGGUCUAGAUUGGAAAGCACGUGCAGAUGUCGUGAAACUUUUAAAGCAUCUGAAAAGAGAAGUAACAAUACUUGUUGUCAGCCAUGACUUGAGUCAUGGGGCUUUCUUCGGAGCAUCCGGUUUUAUGGACGAGGGAGUCUUUUUAUCUUGCAAAGCUGAUAAAUGUUUUGUCUCCCAUUGUUUUUGUUAGGUGAUCGUUUGGGAGGAAAAGGAAAGUGCCGUCUUGGAAUUAGCUUCUUUGGUUGAUCGAUCUUGGAGAAUGGAAAUGGGAGGAACUUUAAGGGAAGAUUCACUGCCUUUCUAGAGACGCAAUAAAUUGUCACCUAAGUCACCGGCAUUUUUCUAUCAUACCACCAGAGGUGAGUCUUGUGGCUGUGUGACACAUGGCUCAACAAUGACAAUUAGUUCUGCCCAUUUAUCUAUUUUCCUACUGGAUAUGUUGGUGAAACAAGGACUCUUUGGAAGAUGGAGCUUGCUGAAUUCAGGCUUAUGCUACUAAUCAGAAAGUGGGGCACUCCACGUUUUAGACUUUCACUAUACAGUUCAUAAGUCCAGUGCAGGGUAUAAUAUAUUUUGCAGCUUUCUUCUGUGAUGAAUUGGACUUAUUUUGGAAAUGGAGCAUGCAGAAUCCGGCUCAUGCGACUACUUGAGAAAGUUCGAGAGCUACGCGUUACUGAUAAUUUCUUACAUCCAGAGAUGAUGGAUAAGUCCCUUACACUUUAUUUAAGAUUACUCAUCACUCUCACUCAUAAGCAUAUAAGACAAAGACCAUUUUUACAUAAACUAAUAGCGUUACCACAAAUAUCCAGUAAUGUUCUCUUAGCUAGAGCUCCAGCACCAGAUCUGCAGCAGGAAGGUUACAUAACAGUCAGAUAUAUGUAGCAGACUAGAUCACCGUACAGCCUGCCAUUAAGUCACAUAAAUGAGUCAAAUUGCUUCGUUGGGCGUGCCCUUGUUCGUGCAUAGGAACUCGCAUGUGUGCUUGCUUGUUUGCGGGUGCGAUCAAGUAUGUUUCGUCAUCCAACUACUCAUCAGUGACUUGCAUUUUUCUGGUACUUAUUUGUUAUUUAAUAAGGACUUUCUAUCAAAAUCAGCCCCUAUUUCUUUGGUCUUAGUUUCGUUGGGAAUACUUAUAAUAUAGCACUAACAUGAAAAUAGCUCAACAGUUAGCACUUUUAGUGAAUGCAACUUCCCAAAUGUGGCAUAUUUCCCAUUGGAAUGAUGAAGUAGUUUAAUUAACGUUUGAAACUUGAAUGUUGCUUGAAUUUCGAUGUGAAUGCAGCUUCAUCAAGUUAGUCAGUGAAGUGGCGCAUAUAUGAAAACUUACAGUCCGCAUCUGUUUUGAUCCAGUGCUCCCUGCAGUCAUCUGAGGUGUCUCUAGCAAUCUCAGGAGCAUUCUCUGGAUGGAUCUUUCUACGGAACAUUUGAAGGACCUGCAUGGAACAAAGGCAAACUUCCUGGAAUUGUACAUCUAUUGCAGGAAUGGUGUUGACACUACUACAUACUCUGUACACAUUAUGAACAGCCACUUUGAGUGGCCCCAAGGGUCUCUGCCUUCAUUCCCUGGAAGCAUCUGUGGAGUAGUGAUCCGAAGAGGAAUAUGUCGUGAACUUGGGGACAAAACCACGUAAGAAGCUCUCGAGGAGCCUUUUUAAAAGUUGGAUUAUUGCGGAGACAACCGAAGCAUUAGGAAGAAGGUGGACAAGUGUCCGGCAGAAACUAUUGCGCUUAGUUCAAUUUCAUAUCACCAGUUCCAUUAUUAUGGUCUAAUCGACACAAGCUAAUCACGGAAAAUGUAGGCAUGUCACUCAAUAUCUUCGCCUUAAGUGCCCGACGUGCUAAUAACCAUAUUUUGUAUUGACUGGUUUGAUUCACUUAGAUUGAUUCUUCAUGUUAAUCAAUGUUUUAUGAAGAAUGACAAGAAUGACGCUUGCUGAA